AUGGCACGCCUUGUUUUUUCGCUCUCAACUGUUCUCUUUGUAGGGCUUUGGCUUCCCUCGGUGGCACCCCGCCAGCUAGAGGAAGACACCAUGUCCGUAAGGUUCGACCAAUGGAUGGCAAACCAUGGGGUCGAAUACGAGAGCAUCGAAGAGAAGGAGAAACGCUUCAAUGUCUUCAAGGAAAACCUCAGGUUCAUAGAGUCUGUCAACGCUGAGAAGCGAUCGUACAAGCUGAGCCUCAACACGUUUGCUGACUUGAGUCUCGAUGAAUUCCGGAAGCAGUAUCUGGGCUUGAGGGGAGAUGCUACGGCUCGUAAGAAGGCCCCGGUGGAACCUUUCAUGUAUGCCAAUUUGUCCGCACCGAACACCAUGGAUUGGAGGGAGCAAGGCGUGGUGACUCCGAUCAAGAACCAACAAACUUGCGGAUGUUGUUGGGCGUUUUCGGCCGUGGCUGCCAUGGAGAGCAUAACAAAGAUGAAGACUGGAAACUUGGUGUCUUUGUCUGAGCAACAAGUGUUGGACUGCACUGGUGGCGGCAGCAAAGGUUGUCUAGGCGGCUUCAUGGACGAGGCAUUUCGGUUCAUCAUACACAACGGUGGCCUCGCCAGAGAGACCGACUACCCAUACCAGUCAAUCCAGGGCGGCACAUGCGAUGCCCAAAAAUCAUCCUCUAAAGCAGCCACAAUUACUGAUUACCAUGACGUUCCUCCUGCUGAUGAGGACUCGUUGCUUCUUGCCGUUGCCAACCAGCCAGUAUCUGUUGGUAUUGAUGGUAGCGCGUUCGGAUUUAAGCAUUAUUCUGAGGGGGUAUUCACAGGAGAUUGUGGCACCCAAUUGAAUCAUGCUGUCACAAUUAUCGGCUACGGAACUGAGGAUGGCGUCGACUACUGGCUAAUCAAGAACUCCUGGGGCGAAGCUUGGGGUGACAAUGGGUACAUGAAAUUAAAGCGAGGAGAUGACCUAUGCGGCAUAGCAGACCUGGCUUCGUACCCUGUCGCGUAG